GUUUACGAUCUACAAAAUCCCUCGCAUUUUCUCUCUCUAAAAACCUUCUUCCCCGACCUCGUCGAAUCUCUCUGGAGACGUUUUGUCAUUCUCCCAAGGCAUUAGUGGCGUGAAAAAUCUCUCAGGCCAGUCUGGGGAAUCGUUCAAGUUGGAUUGACUUGGCUUUUCUAUGGAAUAUGGACUCAUAGACAGCAGCGUUAAAACUAAUGCAGGCACUGAUGAUGAUAAUCCUCAAAUAGUGUAUACUAGAGGCGCAGCAGGAGGUCGUGUGGCAGGAAACGGAAGAUCAUUUUUACCAUCAGCCCCAUUUCAAAGGAUUCAAGUUGAUAUGGAAUACGAAAUACAUAAUCUGGAACAGAUUGCAUAUGGUGCUGUUCUACGAGCUUUCAAAGCACAAUCUGAUGCACUUACAUGGGAGAAAGAGGGCCUCAUAACAGAAUUAAGAAAGGAACUCAGGGUGUCAGAUGAUGAGCACAGAGAACUACUUAGUCAGGUUAAUGGUGAUGACCUCAUUCACAGGAUCAGAGAGUGGAGAGAGGCAGGUGGUAACCAAAAUCUAGCCCCCAAUGUCCCCCUUCAUAUGAACAACCAGUUACCAAGUCCUACAAUUUCAGCUUCUCGUAAAAGGCAUAAAAAUUCCCUGUCAGGAAAUCCAUUUUCUCAGUCUUUGCUUCCUCAGCCAGUGGCUGGUAACACCUUACCAUUCAAUUCGGUUGUGAAACGAGGACCUUCUUCAGGGAUUGGUGGGAGAAGGAUGAAUGCUGGUCAGCCAGCAUUCACCUCAGGGAAACCCAUGCAAUAUCAAUAUGGUGAUCAUGUUACUACUGGGGCUCCUAUGGAUAAUAAUUCUGAAAGCAUCCAUGAGUCCUUAAUUGGUAGGCGGGUGAUGAUAAGAUGGCCUGCAGACAGUAACUUCUAUGAGGCUGUCAUAUCUGAAUAUAAUCCUGUAGAUGGCCGACAUUCUCUGGUUUAUGAUAGCAAUCUGCCUAGCGAGACUGUGGAAUGGGUUAACAUAAAAGAGGUUCCCCCUGAGGAUAUUCGGUGGGUGGGUGAGGAUCCUGUAGUAUCUCGACUAGGCGAGGCGGGUGGACCUAACUCUGGAAGAGGGAGAACAUCCUCAAUGAACCCGUAUGCCAAUGAAAUGCAGCCUUCACGAAAUGGGGUUGCGAAAGACGAUUCUGAGGAAAUCGAGAUAUUGCACACUGAUACAUUAAUUAAGAAGGUGGAGAAGGUGCUUGAAGCAAGUCAUCCUGAUGCAUUAGAGAUUGACAAGGCUAAGAGAAUGCUCAAGGAGCACGAACAAACGUUGGUUCAAGUAAUUCAAAAACUUGUGGAUGCCUGCGAUAGUGACGACGAGCAACAACAACAGGAUAACGAUUAUCGUGGCCCGGGCAAUGAGCUUGAGACUGCUGGAAGGGCUGGGAGUUAUGAAUUGGCUAGAGGUUGAAAGUGGUGCAGAAGAUUCUAAUAGUUGUCAAUUGUUUAACCCUGAACUUCCUUGUGUUUUUAGCCUCUUUAGAUGCAUGUGAUUAAUUUAGGUGUUGUGAUUAGUUUGCCUGAUGGGGAAAAGUCAUUUUUAGGGUAUGUUAGCAGUUUAGUUUUCAUGUAAACAGAUCAAUUUCCAUAUUCUUCUUUGAUUUGGAUGUAGUAAGUUAGAUAUUUUCUUGUAUAUCAAGAAAUAUUGAUUGAUAAAUAUGUCCUUGAUGUAAUGUAUGAUUGGUUAAUUUACGUUUUA